AUGGGAGAGAACAACGGAGAAGCUAAGAAAAUGGAAGAUGUGUUAUUGCCCGGAUUUAGGUUUCAUCCAACGGACGAAGAGCUCGUGAGUUUCUAUCUAAGACGGAAGGUUGAGCAUCGCCCACUCUCCAUUAAGCUCAUCACUCAGCUCGACAUCUACAAAUAUGACCCAUGGGAUCUUCCAAAGUUUGCGAUGACGGGAGAGAAGGAAUGGUACUUCUACUGUCCAAGAGACAGAAAGUAUAGGAACAGUUCGAGGCCGAACCGAGUGACCAGUGCUGGAUUCUGGAAAGCCACGGGAACGGACAGGCCGAUAUAUUCAUCGGAAGGAAGCAAAUGCAUUGGUCUAAGGAAGUCACUUGUGUUUUACAAAGGAAGAGCUGCUAAAGGAGUUAAGACAGAUUGGAUGAUGCAUGAGUUUCGCUUGCCUUCUUCAUCAACACAUACCCUUUCGGAUACUCCUCUAUCUCCCAACGAUUCAUGGGCUAUAUGCAGAAUAUUUAGGAAAGCAAACACAACGGCUCUUAAAGCUACCUCACACUCCUUUGCUUCAUCUCUACCAACAGAGGGAAGCACCGAUACAGAACCCUACGAAAAACCAUCAAACACAGCCCACAUUUAUCCAGGAAAUAUCCUCGAAAAUAGUGUUUCCGUCAACUUUUACAAGAAAAAUAUGAAUGUGACCAAACCACGUUCAUAUUAUGAUGAGAAAGAAGCUACCAAAACUAGUACUUGUACAGCUAAUACUCCCUUCUCUUACAUGGAUUUCGCUUCCCCAGCCAGUCCUGGUCCUUGUCUAGACGAACAGUACCUAAGAAGCCUUUUGCUUGCCUCACAAGAAACACAGCCACCUCAACUUCCCAAGGUCAUGAACAACAACGAUAUCUCGUCGUUUUUGCUAAACAUGUCAUCGUCAGACUCAUCCUUUCUUGGAGGAUACACAAACCAGAUAGGCUCAAGUAUCGAUCUCACCACUGCAAUAUUGGCCCAGGAACAGUGUCCUGCUCUUGUUAAUCUGUCGCAAGGGUACCAAGAUCAUCAAGCUUUCUCUCACACAUUAGAGUUUGGUCACUUAACGUCAGCGUCAACUAGUGUUGGAGAUCAACAUCAGAAUCAGAAGCAUCACAUGUUGAUGGAGAGUUACUAUUCUGUCAAUUUGCUCAAUUAA